AUGGAUCCUAUCUUCCUUCAUUCAGUACAACUCGGCGGAUCAUUAAUCCGGUCGAUCUUCUUUUCCUGGCAAGGGGGGACUCAGGAACAGUCGCAUCAUCGCGUUAUCCAGCGGAUCUUUCCCUUCUGUCUAUCACAAAGUGCUGACAACAACCAGAUGAUGGAGCAAAAGCCACAGCGAGUGCUCGUCAUUGUCUCGGGGAGCAAUUCGUACUGGGAGCAGUCCUGGUCUUCUUCAGAGGACUUACUUCCAAUAGCUUUUGGCAUACUCAAAGACAAUCAUCUUUUGGAGGGCACAUAUACUGAUCAAGAUCCACCCGAGUUGAAGCUGCUGGUAAAACAGAAGUGGGCAACUCACGUCUUCCUUGUCUUUGACAUAUCAAAUACUUCCUAUGAUCCUACGCUAGGACAUAUGCCCGAGCAAAACAAGCUUCCGAUUACAAUCAUCCGGUUGAGCAAAAAGAUACAGGCAUACUCGGCAAGCGCACCCAUCGGGAACAAAGUGAAUAGUGAUGUUGCCCGGGUUCACAAUGCCAGCGGAAUAAACAGCCUCCCACCCUUUGUCACGGAUUAUACCAUCGAGUCACCAUUAUACCCCAAUCCACGCGAUCCCUUAUUAUUGGUGUGA